AUGUGGUCGUUCAGUCAGAAUCUAACAGCCAUUCUAGUGAAGCAGGAGCCCAGCCUGAUGUCAGAGAACUGCCCUGAUACAGCGCCCCCUCUGGCCAACACAAGCACUUGCUCACACCCCCUCACUCUUGCCGCUCCGCCACUGAGGAACCACACAGGGGAGAAGAGUUCCAAAGACCUGAGCUCAAACUCUGUUCCUGCCAUCAAAGCAGAGCCCAGAGAGGUGAACCAGUUCCUCAGUGUGCCCUCAGAUGAGCAUCUGCGGUUGCCGCCCACUCCUCCCAGCAGCCAUGGCAGCGACAGCGACGGAUCCCAGAGCCCACAUUCACUGCCACCAUUAAGCCCUGGCCACCUGCAGAGCCCACAUUCACUGCCUCCGUCCAGCCCUGCCCGGCUACAGGCCCGAACCUCCACAGCCAUCUCCUCGUCCCCUCUCCUCACUGCCCCGCAUAAGCUGCAAGGAACAUCAGGCCCUUUGAUGCUGACAGAGGAAGAGAAGAGGACUUUGAUUGCUGAGGGAUAUCCUGUCCCCAACAAACUACCGCUCACCAAAACUGAGGAGAAAGCCCUCAAACGGGUGCGCAGGAAAAUCAAAAAUAAGAUCUCUGCACAGGAAAGCCGCAGGAAGAAGAAGGAAUACGUGGAGUGUUUGGAGAAAAAAGUUGAGAACUAUACUUCAGAGAACAAUGAACUGUGGAAAAAAGUAGAGACGCUCGAGAAUGCCAACAGGUCUCUACUCCAACAGCUACAAAGACUUCAGGCUCUAGUGAGCGGGAAAGUGCCUCGGUCCUGCAAGAUCGCUUCCACACAGACCGGAACAUGCCUAAUGGUGGUGGUGCUGUGUUUUGUGUUGGUGCUGGGCUCACUGGCUCCCUGCCUGCCCGAGCUCUCCCUCUACUCUUCCUCCUUAUCCUCACCAUCCUCACACACGGUGAAGUCUGCACCGCUGCCCUCAGGUGACCUCUACACCACCAGCCAGGUCCGCUCCCGCAGCCUGCUCUUCUAUGACGAGGGUGCCCCAGUGGAGGACGGCCACAGGGGCGUGCUGAGCGUGGAGAGGAUGGAGGGGGUGCCGCGACAUGUACAGGACCUGAAAGAUAAGACACGUGCCGGAUCGUUCUGCUCUUGUGAGCAGGUAUUUGAGCCAGGCCCAACCAGAGCCUGCAAGCUACAGCAACACAUCCGCGGCCCCACUCCAUCCCCCUGAACCACACUACCACUCAAGAAAGCGGGAUCCUGAGGGAGGAGCUGAAUAUUUCUAACCCCUCUGGGUCGAGCUGCCUCAUCACACAGGCCUCCACUGACGUCCGAUGAUCCUGCACUACUUGGCCCUCGACCCUUGCUGUUACACAUCCUGAGUGUCCUGACCCUACCCUAAAAAACCAACAAGCCUCAUGACCACGAUCCAACCCACUUGACAUGCAUUCCAGUGACAUUCAGCCCCAGAACUGAGAAGAGAAAUGUGCCCAUCCAUACACUGAAACUCCCCUUUACCAGCAAGCACUGAGUUUAAGGACUGAGAGAAAAGAGAGCAUGUGGGCGGUUGUAGAUGCUGCUCUGUUUUAGAUGGAUGUGAGCCUGCAGCUCUAAAUUCUCUAAACACUUCACACACAGGGUGUGGGAGGGAAAGUACAUGAGUGUUUGUUUUGAUUUUCCUAAAAAGCCAUGAAACUGUCCAUUUACUACAUAUCCUUACUUCAACCCCAAAUAAUUUUUUUUUUUUUUUUAUGAUGACUUUUUUUAAAACUAUGAAUGUUUUCCAG